AUGGGGGGCCCCUCUAGAGAGGGGGCCCCUCAAGAGGGGCCCCCUGGAGCGGGGGCCCCUCAAGAGGGGCCCCCUGGACAGAGGGCCCCUCCAGAGGGGCCCCCUCUACAGGGGGCCUCUGCGGCACUGGGGACCCUUACAGAGGGGGCCCUUCAAGAGGGGGCCCCUCAAGAAGGGGCCCCUGCAGCAGCAGGGGCCCCUACAGAGGGGGCCCCCCAGAAUGGGGCCCCCGCAGCAGCAGGGGCCCCCAUAGCAACAGGGGCCCCUACAGAGGAGGGCCCUACAGAGAAGGGCCCCACAGGGGGGGCCCCCAUGGAGGGGGCCCCCAUUAGGGGGGCCCCCAUAGGGGGGCCCCCCACUAGGGGGGCCCCCGUAAUAGGGGAUCAUUUGAAUGGGGGCCCCUCUAAGGAGGGGCCCCCUUUAGGGGUACUUUGGAGUGGAGAGGAGGAGAAAAAGGAAAAAGAGAAAAGAAGCAAAUAUGAUUUUGCUGCAGAAGCGUUGGAGCUUGAAGAAGCUGCUGCUGCAGCACCAGCUGAUCCUGCUGCUGCUGCAGCACCUGCUGCUGCUUCUGCUGCUGCUGCUGCUGCAGCAGAAGACAGCCCAGGAGCGAAUCUUGCUGCUACUUCUGCUGCUGUGGAAGACUCUGCAGCAGAUGGACAUGAAGCAGCAGCAGCAGCCGCUGCUGCUGCUGCUGUGGGCGAGCCAGGCGGGGCAGCAAAUGGCGGUGCAGCAGCAGCAGCUGCUGCUGCUGGAGAAGCAGCAGCUAGUCCAUUUGUGGGGCCUCCCAGAGGCCGCUGGAAGCGCCGCGGGGGCCCCACAGCAGCAGCAGCAGCAGCAGCAGCAGCAGCAGCAGCAGACACGGCAGAAGACGCGUUCUGGGAAGCAGCAGCAGGCGCAGCACCGGGAAGGUCCAAGCGGCGCCGAGCGGCUCCAGAGGCGCGCGGGCCCCUCCGCAGCAGCAGCAGCAGCAGCAGCAGCAGCAGCAGCAGCAGCAGCAACAACGAGCGGAUGCACCCGCGUUCUCGCUUCUUCGGGGGCCCCCUGGACUUCUCGGCGCUGGCCAAAAGGGCCCCCAGUCUGUCUCCUUUCAUUUCUUUUUCUUCUUCCGGAAAAUCCUUUUUUGACUUCAAGUCCAAACAGGCCCAGCUGGCCCUCUGCGCCGCGCUCUUCAGGUGUAUGUACAGCUUGGCCUUCUCGCUCCCUCCCAACCAAAACUUCUUAAUUCCAACUCUUCCAAACCGCAGCAAUUAUCUUCACUUCUUGGCCGACUUGUUGUCUCCUCAGGAGGGGCUGGGGGCCCCCCGGGGGCCCCCCAUUCCCGGCGGCCAGCAGUUCCUCCUCAGGGGGCCCCCCGCCCACGGGGGCCCCCAGGGGGGCCCCCAGAGGGGCCCCCAGGGGGGCCCCCAGGGGUGCCCCGCACGCGCCGCAGGCGCCGGGGGGCCCCCCCAGGAAAGUCCCCAGGGGGCCCCGCAAGGGGCCCCACAGGGGCCCCCGCAGGGCAGUUCCCUCGGGGCCCCCCAGGGGCCCCCCCAAGCGGCCCCCUCAGGGGCCCCCCCGGGGGCCCCCUCAGGGGCCCCCUCAGGGGCCCCCGGGGGGGCCCCCGGGGGGGCCCCUGAGGGGUACGUGGGGCCCCCGCGAGGGGGCGGCGUGAGGAUUUUGGACGUGGGGGUGGGGGCGAACUGCGUGUACCCUCUGUUGGGUUUUGCGGACUUCGGGUGGCGUUUUGUGGGGUCGGAUAUAUCUGAAGAGUCGUUGGCAGCAGCAGCAGCAAACCUGCGGGCGAACGGGCUUGAGGUGUACGUACAGCUGCGGCUGCAGCAGCAGCCGCAGCAGAUCUUCGCGGGGGUCUUGAGGGCCGAAGACGGGCUCUUUGCUGCUUGUGUUUGCAAUCCUCCUUUUUACUCAAGUCCAGAGUCCGUGGGCCAAAGCCCUUGGAGAGAAAAAGCUGGAAAGCCGCACGAAUUGGUGUGCGAGGGCGGCGAGGGGGCCUUUCUGCGGUGUAUGUACACCGAAAGCAAGGCCCACGCCUCCCGCUUUCUCUGGUUCACUUCGCUCGUCGCCAGAACUUCCACUCGAGACGAACUCCGCCGCCAAAUCCAGCAAGGAAUGCGCCUCGCGGGGAAGCAGACGGAGCAGCUAAUGGAGGCCGAGGCCCAGCGCUGGCUGCAGAAACACCGCCAGCAAAAGGACCCCAACUGCAGCAGCAGCAGCAGCAGCAGCAGCAGCAGCAGCAGCAGCAGCAGCGGCGGCAGCAGCAGCAGGGGAAGCGGCGGCAGCAGCAGCAGGGGAAGCGGCGCCGACGGGGGGGAAGUUGAGAUGCAUCCGCGAGAGCUGAGGGUCUUUGAUUUGUUUCAAGGAAAGCAAACGCGGUGGGUCGUUUGCUGGACUUACUGGACGGCUGCGCAGCGGCGGCAGCUGCGGGAGAUCUUGUACUCCGAUCCGCAGGAUGAAUCUUGA